UCGGCCGCGGGGUUGGCAGUGAGGCCGCCCUUAGCCAAGAUGGCUGCUGUUCCCACGUUGCUUCCAAUGGCUGUGAAGGUAGCGUGCCCUUAGCCAAAAUGGCCGCGCUUUGUUCUUCGCCAGGGGCUGCGAGCACGGCGGGCUGCUAGCCCUGGCAGAAGAGUCUGUGCUCCUGGUUUUCCUUAUGUUGUCCCGUAAUGUGUGGCCCCCAUUAUCCAGGGGGCCAGUCCAUGGAGCAGUCUUCUAAAUUUCAGCCAGUGUACUGUGAUAGUAAAGUGCAUCCAGGUUCUAGAUCUCUGGUUCUUUAGUUACUUUUCCUCAAAACUUGUACAUGCUACCUGUGGUUUUAACUUGAUGCUCAGGAGGAAGAACUGCUCAGAUUCUCACACUUUUACCACAUGUACUGGAAUCCUUGUUGUUACUACUACAAUGUCGUGGGUGCAAGCUGCAGUCAGCCGGCCCAGUGAGGAUGUGUUUGAUGAAGAUGCUGAUGAACUGCAUCUAAUGCAGAAAGAAUGGAAGAGCACCAUGGAGAAAAGAGUCAAAGAAGGCUAUAGAGAUGGUGUUGAGGCUGGGAAAGAGCUUUCACUUCAGCAGGGUUUCAAUCGGGGUUACAAACAGGGUGCUGAGAUGAUGAUGACCUGUGGCCAACUCAAAGGGACCCUUAGUGCACUCUUGUCUUGGUGUCACCUUAAUGGACAAAUUUCUGCUUUGCUGAAUAAGAUAAGUAACCUCCUGGCUGAAGUUGGCAAGUAUGAAGAAUAUGUGCUUAAGUAUAUGAAUUCUAUCAGUCCACAGCCCCACCCUGGAGAGUUACUGGAUUCUGUUCAGGACAUGGACCUUGAUCAUACAAUUCCAGUGGAGAAUGAAUUUGAUGAAACUGAAGCUGGAAGACUCUGUGAAAAUGAGUCUGAGUUGAGUGAAAACUCUUGCAGAAGUAAUGGUGGGGCUGACUCCUUGCAUUCUGACAGUUGGAGGAGGACAAAAGAACACACACAUUCUGAAAGGCCAACCCUUGCUUGGCUUAAAGAAGAGACCGUCUGUUUAGGAGAGCAGCUAGGCUUGUCACUGGACAUAUUACAGCAUGUCCAAAAACUGGAAAGUUAACUUUUUUCUUGUGCCCAAUGGAAUCUGAUUCUAAGAAUAAACUUGACAGGCUUGUAUUUUAUUUGUGGCUCAGAAGUUGGUGGUCAUACUAAUCAUUUAAUUUCAUGGGAAUGUAGUGAUCUGAUUCUAAUGUUUCCCUUUAAAACAUAAUAAAACAACCCUUGCUCUCA